UCACUUUCAAUUCUUAAUGUUAGUGCUCUAAGUCUAACCUGCAUGUUAUUUGUAGCUAAAAUUAUGAUCUAUGAUGAAAUAUUUCGAAAUGUAUUUAAUAAUUAAAAAAAAUAUUUAAUGAUUUAAGACUUUGUAUAUGUAACAUCAAACCUACUAAUAUGUUAAGAGCAGUUGCAAGCAUUUAUGUCGAGGGUCAGACUCUUGUCCGGAGAGAUGUAUUUAAAUUAUUUCGAGCCUGUGCAUACUCAAGUUCGUCACCGGCUGAGCAGAUAGUGUUGAGCAGUGAUGCUAUCAGGCAUAGUCCCUCAGCCCGUACCAGAUGUUCCUCGAAAGCUGACUUUGGAGGCACCGGGAGUGCAGGGGGCUCGGAGAAAAAAGGGAAUACGGAAUCCAGUUCUCCACCUCCACAACCAUCUCCGAAUCCUGGAUCUCAGCGAGUCUGGUCGGCUUUAGCUGCUUUCGCCAUCACUGUGUCACUAGGCGGAGCUUACCUUUAUAAGAAACGUAAUGAUAAUGAACUGGGUGAAGCACAGAUUAUCAAUGACGGUCCAAUAGAGAAGAGAAAGGAGACAAAGAACAUUGCUAUUCCCCCAACCGCUGCGAGUCUUCCCACUCAUGUGCAGUACUUGCUAGUGGGUGCCGGUACCGCCUCGUUCGCUGCCAUGAGAGCCAUCAGGAGCGCGCGGCCCGAAGCCCAGGUGCUUAUGGUCGGAGAGGAGGCAGCCCUGCCAUAUAUGCGACCGCCUCUCAGUAAGGAACUGUGGCGAGAGAAAGAUCUACCCGCCCGCUUUGAUCAUCCCGACGAUAUAUCCUUCCGUCAGUGGAACGGCCGGCGCCGAAGCCUGCUCUACGAGCCGAAUGCAUUUUACACGGCUGCCGACAAACUGAGCGAGGGCGAAGCGGGGGCGGGAGUCGCUCGCGGAUGGAGAGUCAUGAGCAUCGACCCUUCAGCUCACAGCGCUGUGCUGUCCAACCUCGACACUGAUGAGAGCCACGUGUUGACGUACGACAAGUGUCUGAUAGCUACAGGUGUUAGAGCAAGGCGGAUCCCCGCCCUGCGAACAGCUGCAGCAGCCGGGAGGUCGUUGCAGCUGAGAUCUGUUCACGAUACAGCCCGCCUCGCUGCCGCAGUGGAUGAUCCGGCUGUCAAGGAUGUAGCGGUCGUGGGCGGUGGAUUCCUAGCUUCAGAGCUCAGCGCCGCCCUCGCUGAUAGACUUCGUCCCGAAGGUAAGCGUGUUAUGCAAGUGUUCCGGGAGAGCGCUCCGCUAGAGGGAGUGUUGCCGCACUACCUGGCUGCUGAGGCGGCGCGCAGACUGGAAGAGGCGGGCGUCACACUGGUGCCUAGUGAGGAAGUGGUGGACAGUGCUGUGGACGAGUCGGGUCGUGUGUCAUUGCGGUUGUCGUCCGGCGCUACACUGGGAGCGAACGUCGUAGCAGAAUGCGCGGGCAGCGAGCCCGCUACGGAGCUAGCCGUAGCAUCGGGCCUGGAGCUGCACCCUGAGUUGGGCGGCGUCCUCGUAGACGCCGAGCUACGAGCUCGAUCGGACUUGUUCGCGGCCGGCGACGUAGCCUGCUUCUACGAUGUAGCUCUCGGACGUAGGCGCGUAGAGCAUCACGAUCACGCGGUGGUGUCGGGUCGCCUGGCCGGGGAGAACAUGGCCGGCGUGAAGCCUCCACAACACUACAAGCACCAGAGCAUGUUCUGGAGCGACCUCGGACCACAGCUGGGAUAUGAGGCGAUAGGUAUAAUAGAUUCCGAGCUGCGCACGGUGGGCGUGUUCUCGGCAGACGCGGUCAAGGAACAGUCGUCCGAGUCCAGAUCCUUAGGGGCGGCGGACGCGGCCGACGACAAGCUGGAGAGUGGGGAGGGGGCGAAGUCCGAUUCGGCGCCGAAGAGAUACGACCGCGGCGUCGUGUUCUAUCUGAGAGAGAAGCGUGUAGUCGGUGUACUCCUGUGGAACCUAUUCAACCGCUUGCAUGUGGCUAGACAGGUCCUGGCGCAGGGCGAGUUCGAUGACCUCUUCGAAGUGGCGAAGCUCUUCACUCUUAACGACGAGGAGUAGCGUCGUCCGGGCAUUUACUUGUUGUAUAUAAUAUAUUAGAAAUAAACUACCUUCGCGCAAUAUUAUUUUUAAUAUUGUUAAAUAAUUUAAAUAAAAGAAUGCUUAAAA